UUUGUCAUUGAUCGCGUUCUGCGCGACCCCGCUCGCCGCCUCCGUCCUCGGCGCCUUCAUCCCGACUGCACAGCGAAGCACGUCCUGAAAUCCCGAGGCGGAGUCAAGAAUUAAGCCCCGCCAGCCCGAGAGACAGAAAACCGGCGAUAAUAAGGGCGAGGAAGCAGCAGAUAAGCAGAAAACAGGGAGGAUCUGGCCGAGUCCCGCGCGCACGCGCACACGCUCUCUGUUUACAAACGCCUCGGCCUCGGACUCGACGCUUGCUGGCCUCGGCGACGUUCUCGAGGACAAGCUCUCACUCAGCCAUGGAUUCCGGGCCUGCAGGGGACGUGGAGGCACCGGGGGAGAACAGGGAAGCGGCCGAAGGAGAUGCAGGCCGACAGAAUGGACACAGUGAUGGCGUUACAUCAUCCAUGGCAAUACAAGAAAAUGGCACAGAGGAUACAUCUCUUGGACUGAAGCGGGCUGCAGCAGAUGGUGAUGCUGACAUUGACCAACAAACAAAUGAGCCAGCAUCAAAGAGGCGCAAGACUGGCCCACCACAGCCAAAGAAUCCAAUUAGUACUCUCAACGAACUGCGUCCGGGAUUAGUGUACAAAACAUUAACAGUUGAAGGCCCAUCUCAUGCACCUGUUUUCACUGUAACGGUAGAGCUGAAUGGCCAAAUAUUCCAAGGCACAGGCCGCAGCAAGAAGCAAGCUAAACACUCUGCCGCUGAGGCUACCCUGAGAUCCUUCCUCCAGUUCCGGAAUGCCUCGGAUGCUGCGCAGGCGCUGGGACUCAAUUCGUCAGGAGUGCAGGACUUCACCAGCGAUGUUUCAGAAGUCAGUUUUGGGUCAAGUUCAGCACCUGGUGAGACGAUACCAGCGGCAGCAGGCAGUAGGCCGGUGCCAGUUGCAGAAGCAUCCUCCCCGACCCCAGCAUCAACUCCUACAGCGUCAGCAAGCCCUGGUCCAUCUCAGACAUCCAAGAACCCGAUCAUGCUUCUUAAUGAGUUGAGACAGGGAGUGGAGUAUCAGCUGAAACAAGAAUCGGGAGAGCCACAUGCCAAGACAUUUACUUUCCAAGUUACUGUGGAUGGCCAGGUUUUUGAGGGCACUGGAAACAGCAAAAAGUUAGCUAAAGCAGCUGCAGCACGACAAGCACUAAGCAAACUCUAUGGUGUUAUCGCCUCAACACCUUCUGCUGUACUCCAUCACAUGCCAAUCUCUACUAUGCCUAAUCUCCACAUGCCACAGACAUUAGCCGACAAUAUUGCCAAAAUGGUGUGUGACAAAUUUUUAGAACUUACUUCGGGUAACCCAACACUCGCAAAGAGAAAGGUUCUGGCAGGGAUCGUAAUGACGAACGAAGAAAAUCUGGAGGAUAUGAAGGUGAUCAGUGUAGCAACAGGUACAAAAUGUAUCAAUGGAGAACAUCUUAGUCUGAAGGGCCAGUGCAUAAACGAUUGCCAUGCUGAAGUUGUGGCUCGCAGAUGUCUUGUGCACUUCCUCUUCUCACAGCUUGAAAAGCUUGCAGACACCACUGAGAAUGGAGUUCCUGAAGAUAGUAUAUUUGAGAGCUUGGAGGAAACCAAAGGUUAUAGAGUGAAGUCGCAGUAUAAGUUCCACUUGUAUAUCAACACUGCUCCUUGUGGUGAUGCAAGAAUCUUUGCUCCCCAUGAAGAGGAAGCAGACCAAACAGAUCGCCACCCUAAUAGGCAAAGCCGUGGGCUGUUACGCACAAAGAUAGAAUCUGGGGAAGGUACAAUUCCAAUUAAGGCUGGUGCUGACAACAUCCAAACUUGGGAUGGAGUACUUCAGGGUGAGCGUCUACGCACAAUGUCAUGUUCUGACAAGAUUGCGCGCUGGAAUAUUGUUGGACUGCAGGGAGCUCUUGCUGCCCAUUUCCUAGAUCCAGUCUAUCUGGAAUCCAUUGUCAUAGGUUCUCUGUUCAGUGCAUCACAUAUGUACAGGGCUGUCUGUGGGAGAAUAGAACAAACUAUCCAAGGACUGCCACCACCAUACAGAUUAAACCAACCAAGAAUGAACCAGGGUAGCUCAACAGAAUCGAGACAGCCACAGAAAGCCCCUACCAUAUCUGUCAACUGGGACUGCGGUAAAAAAGAAAGUCAGCUCGAGGUCCUCAAUGCCAUGACUGGCCGACAAGAAGGGGAAACCAGUUCCCGGUUGUGCAAAAGGAAAUUCUUUACAAGAUUUAUGAGUCUCAUUGAACGCCUUCCUUCCAUGACAGAAGUAGAUCCAGGGGCAGCAAAGCAUCUAUCCUAUGGGGAAGUUAAAGCUUUAUCUAAUAAGUAUCAGACAGGCAAGAGGGCCAUGAUUUCAGGAUUUGCUCGUGCUGGUCUUGGUCAGUGGAUUGGCAAGCCCAUGGAAGAAGAUAGUUUUUAUAUAUAAAUUUGAAUUCAUUCUCAUAUUAUGUAUUUGUGUGACUUUUCUCCUCCUUGUCAGUUUUGUAAAGGUUAUAUAAUAGGAGACAGUUGAUAGCCCAGACAGCAUUGUUCCUAUCCCAGUUCAGGUUACUCUGUUGUUAACACAAUAGGCUUUUAGCUGCUGUUAGUAGAAAGCUUGUGGACUACAAAAGGUCAUGGUACUUAUUGGGAGUCAGAUAUGGGCUUGAAUAAGCAGAAAAUCUCUAUAGACAUUUCUUGAAAUAGGUUUUUCAUAGGUGUGUUUUACAAUUAUUUGAUUUUGGGAAAUUAUUGUGCAUGUUGUUGAAUAUUUGCCAAAACAAAGACGUCUUCUUGAUAUCUGCUUUUUAAGUUCCUCUGUUGAAACAUGAUUUGUCUUAUAUUUGAAUUACAGGUUGUAGUGCUAAAAUAAACCAAAAAUGUUGAUCUUAAGUUAUAAGGUCUAGAGAUUUACAGAAAGUUUUUUUUAGCAUGCCAAAUCUCUAUUUUUAAAGCUAGGUAGAAUCAGAUAUUUCUAUUUUGAGAUUUUUUUAUUGAAUGUGGCAUGAAAAAGGCUACAAAAAAUGUCAGUCCACUUAAAGAUUACACGAGAUCAAAUUUAUUGAGUUUAAGCAGAUGUUUCUUUUGCCAUUCUUAACGCUACUCCUCCCAUGUCAUAGCAUUUAAAUCUCAUGACAACUUACUGUAUUAAGGCUCUCCUUAAAUCAUUAAGAAGUAAAAUGCUCAGUCUUGAUUAUAGAUAACAUUGUCAAUCUUUGCAAGUUAUGCAAUCACUUUAUAUUAUGUGUUUACAUACUGUUAUCUGUUUAUUUGAAAUCAUCCCAAGGGCUAAAGCCAAAUAAAUUGCAUGCCAAAAACACAGGACAAAUGGUCUUCAUGUCAUCAUUUCUCAUUCUGUGCAUUUGACAGUCUGACUCAUGAAUGUGUUAGAAACUCGAGGAAUUCCCUAAGGGUGUGACCUUCUCACAAGUCAUGGGUCAUAUAAUGUUACUUUGGACCAGUGUAUAUAAUGCCUGCUAGGUAUUGUUAUACCUUUUUGUAUAUGAUUAAUAUUGUUGCCCCCUUAUGUGGGAAAGAGAUGAUUAUGUGAAUUUUUAUUUUGAUCUCUCAUUUUAACACUACUACUUUUUUCCCUUUCUUUUUUAAAGGAUAACACUUGAGUACAGCUAAGGUCUGUCUUGUAUCUGAGUGUCAAAACUUUUUAGUAAUUAGAUAGUGUAUAGUGUAUCUAAGCAUGUUACUGUGAUCAUUUUAUUUUAGCAUUUUUGUUUUUUUAUUUUUGUUUUUUUGUUUUUUGUCUCUUCAUAAUAUGUGAUUUCUUAGUAAACUUUGUUUUUUUUUUUGCAGUCCAUGUAUUUUUUAUGACAUUUUGAACUUUUGGGGGGGGAUAAUCUAGUUUAUGUAUAAUUUCUCUUCAAAAUGUUAUAUUUUUAUGUCAGUAAAAAGAAAAAUGGAAUACUGUAAUGUUUGUUUGUUUCUUUUUGGUCAUUUCAUAUCUCACUAAAGUUUGAAAAUAAUGUUGGAAGAUAUUUUGAUUUGAAUACUUAAAAGUAAGGACUUUAAGGGGUAACACCUGUGGACCACACAUAGCUUUACCAUUUCAUUGUGUAAGCAAUUUGGUUGUACUUAGGUUUGAUGAACUUCAUGUUUUAAACUUUAGCAUAACUUUGUUGCAUAAUUUUUUGCAGGGUUCAAUAUACGUAUCUAAUUUAAAUAUUUUGUAAAGUCCAAUAUGCCACAUACAAUGCAAAGUAUUUAAUUUUCCAGUUCUAUGAGGAAGAAGGACUAGCAAGUUCAAGACAUUCAAUCAGCUACCUUAUUUAGGUUACAUUAGUACUGACUGCAAGUAUAUUGUUUUGUGUUAAAUUGCAAAAAGCUAAAAGUCAUUAAGGCCUUAGUUGUAAACCAUUUAGUUUGUUUAAAUCUCAAGAAGCAGUAAUAGCUGUCAUGAAAAAAUAAUGCCAUAAGGCAAUCAUUUAUUAUAUUGUUUUUAACAAAAUGAACUAGAAAAAAAUGCUUAUUUCUACUUAGGCUCAUUAACUUACGAUUUGAACAAAUAUGAAGAAACUUUACAGUAUGUGUCACGAGAAGGUAUAUGGAUUAAUGUUAUAAAGCCAUCCCACUAAAAUAAGAUUAAAUGCUAAGAAAGAGACAAAAUUAAUACACUGUCUGCUCAUGAGAAGAGAGAAGUGAGCUGUUUAAAUUUAGCAACACUUUUGUAAAAGUUUGGUUUGUAUGUAUUGGUUAAGAAGUUGGUCAUUUAUUUCAGUGACAAGUCAUUCAUGGCAAUAUGAAUACCUAAAAUAAUGUAUCUUUUUCUAUGUUAAUCACUGAAUAAACUGUUUUAAGAAUCA